AUGAACCUAAGAGCAUUUGUCACGAACCACAUGGACAUCAUGGAUGCAAUAUCCACAAAGGAUCGCUCCUCCAAUCUGUGCCCUAAGGUACUUGGAAUCUAUGGGGAUUCUAUAGCCGACAACUUCUUAUUAUUGAUUAACCUGCCUACGAUAGAAUUUGUUAGCAAAAGAACCGUUGCUCAACAAAUUGCUUCCAUCUAUGACCCACUAGGAUGGUUCAUACCACUCCUGGUCAAAGCAAAACGUUUCCAACAACUUUUGUGGAAGGAGCAAUAUGAUUGGGACGAACCACUGAAUGAAGAAUAUAGACGUCAGUGGAACCUCAUUAUAACAAAAAUAUCCAACUCCCACAAAAGGGUGCCACGGAAAGUCACACUCGACAACUCCGCACCUUAUACACUGGUAACCUAUUUCGACGCUAGUGGAAUUGCUAUGACAGCAUGUACCUAUCUCAUUAGCCAAAGGGAAUCCAGCUUUCUUAUGGCUGAGUCUAAGAUUACGGACAGUAAUCGACCAACCACCGUACCGAAACUCGAAAUAAAUGCCAUAACCAUUGGAGCACGACUUACUCUCAAUACUUUCCUAAGCUUAAAAUCCUCAAUAAGCAUAAACAACGUCAUUUUUCUAACCGACUCGGAAAUCGUCUUAAAUUGGCUGAGAGGUUCUCUUGAUCAUUCUAAAACAAGACUUUACGUCAAAAAUCGUAUACGCGAGAUUCGCGACAUCGUACAGUCACUAGAACGUAUGGAAGUCGGAGUGAAAUUUGGCUACAUCGACACGAAAUGGAAUCCUGCCGACAUUGGAACACGGGGAGCUUCCAAUCAUGAAUUCGUGUCUCAUGUGUGGUGGGAUGGUUAUUCUCUUGAGAAAAUUCUCAAUUACGGGUUUACAUCCACUCUCUUUUCCCUUGUUAAAGAUCCGGAAUUACAAAAUGACGAUGAUGAUGAUGAAAAUGAUAUUCUACUGAAUGCAGAAGCGAAUGUUAUAAAAACACAUGCAACGACUGACAAAGUCGAAGAAAUUCUUGAUCUGACAAGGUAUAAUACUAAAACCAAGCCGCUGAGGAUCUUAGCCUACGUGAUAAAAUUUCUGAGAAGCAUUACAACUCGUCUAAAAAGCCCGUUGCAGGAAAGGCUCCGAGAUUCUUUACCCUACCUAGUUCGACAAGCAGAGGAUCAAGAGCUCACGGCUACCGACAUAUUCGAAGCGCAUAGCAUACUCAUAAGAAAUCACCAGCAGGUACACCUCAAUUCUCACUACAAAAAACAGUUGUCAAAAAACCUAAACCUGAACGAGGAGGAAAACCACGUGUUCAGAGCAUACGGACGUCUUAAUAAAUCCAAUUUAAACAUUAUGGCAAAAAAUCCCAUCCUUAUCAUUUCGAAUACGGAGCUGUGUCGUCUUAUUAUCCUCGAAGCGCAUAGACCGUAUCACAACAGUACAGGACAUACAAUAGCAGAAGUUCGACAACAGUACUGGAUUCCACGGCUCCGAGAACAAGUGAAGAAAUGCAUGCGGUCUUGUGUUCCUUGUCAAAAGAUGGAUAAUCUGCCAUAUAGAUAUCCAGAAAUGGCCGAUCUUCCAUCAAGGAGAGUAACAAGAACACGCCCGUUUGAAAACAUAGGACCCGACUACUUCGGCCCUAUAACCGUCCAUGAUGAUCAUAAGGAACGUACAAACGUUUAUGGAUGUAUAUUCACAUGUUGUGUAACUAGCCUCAUUCAUCUGAAGAUCGUAUCAAAAUUACCCACACCCAAACUAUGCCAUAGAAUGCAAAGAACAAGGGUUAUACCUUCAUGCCCACAGGCAGAAGAAUAUGAAUUAUGCGUUAACAAUUACUGCAUAAGGGAGAAGACACCUCCACUACAUAAACUCUUACGCUUGCCACCAGAAGAAGUACUUCACGACUUUGAAGUAAACUGGAAAAUACGCAUAGGAGAUAGUUAUACUACAGUUGAAACGGCUUGUUCAGCACUACCUUUUUGCUCUGCAAUAGACUGUACUAUGUGUGCCGCCAAUAUUUUAAACCCCGAAUGUUGGCCUCUGGCGGCAAUUGCAGGACUAGAUAUAAUAAUAUACCUUUUCACUGCCAUCUGCUACACCCUCUGUUACAUACCAGUUACAGUUGGCCGACCAUUCCGCAUCAUCAUUGCGGGAAUAGGCAAAGUGCUUGACUUAGUGGCACUCUUUAUAUGGUGUUGCUGCCAGCGGAUUACUCUCUGGGUUCUGCAUAGAGGAAAACAGCAACAUCGUAACCGAAUUCUGCAAGCAUUAGCCAUAUGCAGCUUAUUGCAAGGAGCUGUAGCAUACCAAGAGGUGAACAUUUUUCAACAUCACCUGAGAAAUUGUCGAACCACAACAGGAAAAAGCACUUGUAAAGUAGAAGUGGCCUCAGUGGUAAAGAUGAACCCCUUCAAAAAGGACGUGUGCAUAAGUUUCCAGAGAAACAACUCCAUCGUACUAAGGACGCGUCUUCGGUGGGAAGGACUGAGACUAAUCUGCGACCGCAUACCGGUAACAUACACACGGAAUGUGGUGCAAAAAAUAAUCGACAGUAAGAGAUGCCCACACAUGGGAUCAUGUACCGGAAACAAAUGUGCUGACAUCAACACGACGAGCAUAGUGCCUGAGUUGGCUAUCGGCAACUCCUUUCCUGGAAUUACUGGCUGCAUGGAAUCAUGCGAUGGCCCAGGAUGCGACUGUUUCUAUCUCAGUUCCGGGUGUUUGUUCUAUAGGAUAUACGCAGUACCAACAGAUGAUAACGUCUACGAACUCUUCAAGUGCAUACGCUGGAAAGAAGAAAUGAAACUCCGUCUCGAGAUCAGCAAAGGCUCUACACUUCGCAUAUACGUACUCGGACUCCACCCGAACAUUCCUAAUCAAAUCCAAAGCAUGGAUGUAACAUUAAGCGUACUCGCAACUCCACCAUUACCGGCCUUGGAACAAGUUUUCAUUGCCUCGACAAACCAAACAGCGAUAUGGGAUAAAAAGACAUAUCCACUACUUAGCUGUCCUACACGCAAACAUGCAAUUACAUUACAAUGUCAUUUAAGAGAUGAUUGUGAUUGCGUAGCUGCUGAGUCUCAAGUAAGGUGCAUAUGUAACGAAGAUAGGGUCGGAACAAAUUUCUUCGACAUCACCAAAGUACUCCCAAUUACACAUCAACAAGUACGAUUUACGCCACAUCCACUACAUGGAGUCAUCGCAAGAGCAGAUGAGGAUAUAUCGACCAAGAUCAUCUUGAUUUUGAAAGAAAGUAUCGACAAUUCCAUCAGAGAAGUCAGAGAUGACUUCUGUACCGUUGAAAACACUUACCUCAACGGAUGUUAUCAGUGCAGUAAAGGAGCAACUGCUACUGUAACAUGUAAAUCUACAUUCAACAACAUAUCCGCUGAAGUUGAAUGUGGACAGGACGGCUUUACAAUUCCCUGUUCGCCUUCGGGCACUUCAUCUAAAAUUGGAUUCCUAUUCCAGUCCGCUCGAAUCCAAAUUCAAUGUUCCUUGAAAUGCGGAACAAAAACGUCGACUUUCGAGUUAACAGGAAUCUUGAAGUACCCAUAUAAUUUCCAAGGAAGUUUCAUGCAUUAUAUCCAAUCUGACCACAACCGAACCUCUGACUUCCAGUGGCCUGACCUCAAUCACAUCUUGGACAUUUAUCUGCAAUGGUACAAGUAUCUACUCAUUACCAUGAUUUCAGUUGCGGGAGCUCUUCUUAUGAGCUAUCUAUACCUACCAAAGGUGUGUACAAAAGCGACAAUGAUAUGCAUCAAAACCAUCUUCAAAAUCAUUAAAUAUGGAUGGAACAUACUCCUGUGCAUAUUCUCAGUAUUCCUGAUGCAACUUAUAAUUCCAUUUCGCAAAGGAAAGAAGGAUAAGAACAACGAAAAGCUUCUCUAA